CGAAAGCCGGAGAACGACGCAGCCCGCGGAAGGCGUCGGUGUCGCAACGCCGACGCUGUCGACGAGCCUCCGCUUCCUCGCCGGUCCUCAUCCACGUCUUCGACGUCGCGUGAGCAACAGCCAGCGCCGCGAUUCGCCGCCGCCCGGCGCGACGAGAUUUUUGGCAGGCGUUUUGGAGCGCAGUUUGAGCACGGCGAGCGAGCGAGUUGCGACGCUGGCGAGAGAGAAAACAAAGAAAGAGAGGGAGAAAGAAAGAGAGCGCGUUCCUCAUCUAGGCGUCAAGUUUCCCCGACCGUUCCUCGGGGCUAACAAGUUGAGAAGUCCACCGUUCGUACGGUUUCACAGCGAGUGCGCGAGGGAGAAGAGACGUCAAUACAGACAGAGAAAGAGAGGGAGGGAGGGUGGGAGAGAGAGAGAGAGAGAGAGUCCUGUUGCGGUAAGAUAAGAGUGAGGUCGAAGGUGAAACCUCCCAGUGAAAAGAGACGAGAACUGACUCGAGCGCGGAAGAAGGAAAAAUUGAGGCGCGCGCGUUCUUAUGGUGAGCCCGCGUGGUUUGUGAUUGUCACAUCGCUUCACACAGGAGCGCGCGCUGAGCGCAUACCGACGGGAUGGCGUCCAAUCGCAGCGUACUAGAUCGCUUGUCGUGCAGGCAGGUGCUGAACAUCAUGGUGAUCCUCGGCUUCAUGCUGAACUACAUGCUGCGCGUGAAUCUCACGAUAGCGAUCGUCUCGAUGGUGACGCCGAGCAACAGCAGCAGCCUGUCGUCACAUGCCAACGAGUCAGCGUCGGUGGACGAGUGCGGUGCCCAGUUGACGAUGACGAGCAACCCGAUCGACGACACCAGAGGCCCACCGCAGAUCGACGUCGACGCUAAUCGAGUCAACGAGGCGAAUGGCACCGCGCUCCUAUCAGCGUUCCCGCACCGGGAGGAACGAGCUCAGACCAAGUAUCCGUGGAAUGAGUACGAGGUGAACCUGAUUCUCGGCAGCUUCUUCUGGGGUUACAUCUGCACGGAGCUACCGGGCGGCCGGCUUGCGGAGGUUAUCGGUACUAAAAGGGUCUUCGGCUACAGCAUGCUGAUAUCGAGUUUCAUCACCCUGUUGACGCCGUUGGCCGCCACCCUCGGCUAUGAGGUGGUCGCAGCGUUGAGAGUCGUGCUGGGAUUCAUGCUGGGUGCCACCUGGCCUGCGAUCCAGCCAAUGACUGCUCGAUGGAUUCCACCGACGGAGCGUAGCAAGUUCGUCUCUAACAUGAUGGCCUCGUCGCUCGGCGCCGCGAUAACCAUGCCGAUAUGCGGCUACCUCAUCGCCUCGCUCGGUUGGGAGUCGGUCUUCUACGUGACCGGCGCGAUUGGCAUUAUAUGGAGCGUGGCGUGGUUCUUGCUGGUGUUCGACUUGCCGUCGCAGCAUCCGCGCAUCAGCCACGAGGAGCGGCGUUAUAUCGAGGACGCCAUCGGAGUCACCGCCACCACCAAGCACCUGCCAGUGCCAUGGCGUUCCGUCUUCACCUCGGGGCCUGUCUGGGCUAUCGUGGUGACGCACGCGUGUAGCGUCUUCGGUUACUUCACCGUGGUCAAUCAGCUGCCCACUUAUAUGAAGUAUAUCUUGCACUUCAACAUCAAAGAGAACGGCCUGCUGUCUUCGCUGCCAUAUCUCGGCAAGUAUAUCUUUGCGGUAUCCAUGUCCACUCUGGCCGACUACUUGCGCCGCACUAACAAGCUGUCCGUCACGGCGAUACGUAAAAUUUUCACAGCGUUCGCCGUGAUGAUACCCAGUCUCCUCAUGGUGGUCCAAGCGUAUUACGGUUGCGAUCGCACGGCCUCGGUCGCCAUUUUCACCGUUGCUUUGACGAUAAACGGCGGCGUGACAGCCGGAUAUCUCGGCAACGGUCUCGACAUCGCGCCCAAUUUCUCAGGCACGAUAUUCGGCAUCGCCAACACUUUUAGCUCGUUGGGCGGCUUCCUCAGCAGCUUCAUGGUCGGCACCAUCACGUACCAGAAUCAGACUUACACACAGUGGACCAUCGUUUUCUGGACCCUGGCGGCCAUGUAUUGCAUCGGCGCGCUCACCUUCGUGAUCUUCGGCACCGGUGAGCUCCAGAAGUGGAACGAUCCCGUGGUGAGCGUGACAAAGAACGGCACCGUCGAGGACGGCAACGAUUUCGUCGAGUCGCUCCCGCUCAAGAGCAAGAAGACAAUUUCGUAGCGGCGCGCGCAUGGAAGUGGGCAGAAAAGUGGCGAGGUGAGCGCGGCGACGGCGUGGUCGCUGUCUCGCGUACCUCCGCCGAUACAUAUUCCAGACGGGACAGUAUUUGUUUUUAUUCUCCGCGACAUCCAGCGCGGUCGGUAAACGCUUAAGUAACCCUUCAGCUUGGCGAUUGCCCGUCUAGUAGAUUCGCGCUUAGAGAAUUAAAACGCGUCUUUCACAAUGUCGACGGUAAUUUAUUGUCGUGAUUAUUUUCCAUUUUAUACUUAGCAUACGCGAGAAUACGAUGAGAAGAAUUAUUCCGGCAAGGCCUUGAUCUGUUUUUAUAAUUUUCAUUAAUACCUUAGGUUCGCUUUCUUGAACUCUGCCAAGUCUAGGGUUGAUAGAUAGGGUAUGACGUGGAAGGAUUCAGUGCGUUUUUACUCACUUCUUACCGGUACCGAUGUAUUGUAAUAAGUGCGAUUAUAUACCAAAGAGAAACGAGCGAGCAGAGGCGUUUUAGCUUAGACUAAGCGUUUACACGACAUCAUCCGUUGAUACGAAUUUAUAAAUAAAUAUACGAUUUUUAGCAA